CCCCUCUGUCGGUCCUUUCCAAAAAAUGAAAAGAACCACCAUUCCUUAUCCCUUGCCUUUCCAAAAAAAACACUCAAUUUUAGGGUUUUAUCACAUCAUCUAAGCAAGGAUAAGAGGAAGACAAGGGAAGGGUUUUCUCCACUCUUCAAAAUCCCAAACGAAAGAUAAAGAACUCGAUGAAAAUGGAACAACCAGCAACACCAAAUAUUACCCCAUCAAAAGACAACAACAGCAUCAAAGGCACAAAGAAAAAGCCUCCAACUCCACAAGAGCUGAUAUCCCAUUACCAAUCUCAAGGCCUUGACUCUCAAGAAGCAUCCAUCAAGGUCAUCGAAGAUCUCCAAAAUGUGCUUUUUAGGGUCAUAGCUUCUAACAGCAGGGGCAAGAAGGACAAGCUGGCGGGUGAGGCUUCCAGAAAGAUUGACGCGGUUAACACAAGAGUGGCUGUUGUUGAUAUGAAGUUGGACUUAAAGCCUGGCUAUGCUGAGACUUUUGCUAUUGGGGUUGCUUCUGCUUCUGCUUUUAGAGGUGUUGAGACUGUUUGGCCUCAUGUUGUUGGGGGUAUUGCUCAGAUUUGGAAUGCUGUUAGGACUGUCACUAAACCUCCCUCUUCUUCUUCUUGAUCAUUUCUACUCAGUACUAGUAUUUAUCAAUUUUAUUUAUUGAAUGAAUGAAUUUCUGUUGUAUUGAUAGUACAAGGCCUGUUUCUACUCUAUUUCUGUGAGGGAAAAAGAAUAGAAUUUUGGUGCUGAUUUUUUUUAUAUUUGAGCUUGCAGUUGUAGUCUUUUGUAAUUUGUGAUUUACGUUUUCUUUUUUCUUCGUUGGACUAUUGUUUUUGCUACAAAGUUAAACAGGAAGGUUGCAUGUUGGAAUUUUGGUUUUA